AUGACGUCUUUCACAGAUACAGUCAAAUACUGUUUCCCUUCCCCUUCUCCUGUCUACUCAACCAAUACCGAUCCUGUCAUACGAUAUGACCCCGAGUCAGAGGAAGAUCAAAUAUCGCGGGGAACGGAGAAGUUUUCAAUCAAGGUGAUGGUGAAGAGUUAUAUUGUAGAUUGGUUACUUGUUGUGGUUUUAUGGGGAAUACUUUUCAUCCUUGAACAUGCCCCAGGACAUAAACGAGAAUUCUCACUUAAUGAUAUAUCUAUUCAACAUACUUUUGCGGAACAUGAACGUGUACCACCUUUUUUAUUGGCCAUAUUCUCAGUUGGUAUACCUCUGGUAGUGUUGAUACCGAUAAGUUUAUUCGUCUCGAAGACACGGUGGGAUAUACAUAAUGCUUUAAUAGUGCAUCGUUCAAGUGCCUCCGGUGGUCUCACCCACGAGACCCGUAAGGGGUAUCAAUGCAAGAAUCGUGGUUUGUUCGCGGGACUACUUUGUAACCCUCCGUGUAUCGUUCGAGUGGGCUUUGCGGUUCGUUCAAGUAUGCUUUGUGGUUCAUUUGGGUAUAGUUCGUGGUUUGGUUCGAGUGGUGUCCGUGGUUCGUUCGAUUGUUGCCCGCGGUUCGUUCGAGUGGGUUCCGUGGUUCGUUCGGACACACUCCAUGAGUUGUUCGAGUGGCCUUCAUGGUUCGUUCGGGUGUGGGCUCUGUGGUUCGUUCAAGUGAAUACCGUGGUUCGUUCGAGCAUUCGCCGUGAUUCGUUCAAUAUGGCUUUGUGGUUCGUUCGAGUGAUGUUAGUGGUUCGUUCGAGAUUAUUCAUGUCAUACACCAUGACUGGUGUAGUGACUCAAGUCAUCAAGAUGAGCGUCGGUCGACCCAGACCUGAUUUGAUCAAUCGUUGUGAACCCGCUCCAGGAGCUAUUGACCAUCCAGUGUAUGGACUUUCAACAGUGGAAAUAUGCACCAGUGUUCAUAUCGCUAGAUUGAACGAUGGAUUCAAGAGCUUUCCAAGUGGCCAUAGUUCUCUCUCCUUUGCAGGUCUUGGUUUCCUCGCUUUAUACCUAGCGGGGAAAAUGCAUUUAUGGGACAGACGAGGUCAUCGUAACCGCGCCUGGUUCGCUUUGUCUCCUUUACUCGGAGGAGCGAUGGUAGCUAUUUCUCGUACUGAGGAUAACCGACACCACUGGCAAGACGUAUUAGUUGGUUCCGCUUUAGGAUUAUUCAUCGCUUGGGUGACGUAUAGGACUUAUUAUCUCUAUCAUGGGAUUCCAGGUUGGACAUGGUAUGAAUUACGACGACCAAAUUGA